AUGGAAAAUGAAUUUAAGAAAGUGCCGCUUACAUCAAACCAGGACUUCAGUUGGGUUUUCUUGAUAGACUGGAUUUUGAUCCUGUCGGUCUCGAUCUUGGCAGCGUUCUACUUUGGAAGGACUUUCGGAUUCACCAUAACAACUCUGCUAGAAUGGCUGGUGUGGAAACGGUUUUCGGUUAAGGUACAAGUGCAAUCACUCAAAAUAUCAUUUCUGGGCGGCCGAAUAUUUUUCAAAAACCUCACAAUCGUUACCCAGAACCAAACAGUGUCGUUUCUCCAAGGCAGCUUGACGUGGCGAUACUGGCUAUUAAACUCCAAACAAACUGCAUACGCACGAGAACAAUGCAGGGCUACCGGCAAAGACCCUCACAAGUGUCGUUUUAAGCUCGAAUGCCAAGGGUUCGAGCACUUCAUAUACAACAAGACCCAGGCCUUUGACCAUCUUUGGAAUUCUUUGUCCAAGAGUGAACAGGCUCGAUUUAAGCAUUUUGAGGAAUUUAGUGAAGACGAUCAAAAAUCUUCUCACAACGAAACGUCGUCGUUCAAUUCUUCAUCGCCGUCAACGGGAGGCCAUUCAGAUCAUUAUUUCGAGUCCUCUCAUUCAACGUCUUCCCCCCUGCCGUCAUUUUUACGAAUUUUGCCGCUUGAAAUCGCGGUGCACAAAGGUGCCCUCAUUGUGGGUAACCGAAAUACCUCAUCCAUAAUGAUUUCGAGUUACGAUACACUCGACGGCAUUUUUGAUGUUGCAAUGCCCAGUUCUAAGCUCGAUCUGUACAAAACGCAAAUCCAAUGCGAAUUGAAGAUGUUUAGAAUCACUCUGGAACCUAAUUUAGCAUUCAAAGCGGGCGCUCCUUUGAAAAAUUUGGUCAAAUAUGACAAACUUACAAAGGUAUGGCAUAAAUCUCUGGAGAUUCUGCUCAAGGCAAAAAGUGGCCACUUUCAUGAUCUGUAUCGUACAGAUUCAAGCUCCUCUCCAAAUCUGCAAAAUCCUCUCGAGGAAUGGAAAGGUCUAGGGCUUUACCGCAAAGAAGAUGAUGCUGCUUGGGACGACACUUUUAAAUUUAACGUUUCAAAACACCGAUACGCGAAGUACUCGAAAAUAAUGAAAUGUGAGAAGUUUACUCUGAACUACUCAUUCGAUUCCCCUGGCAUUGUCACACAUGGUUCUUCAGGCGCAUCGACACAAACAGGUAAAUCAACGCUCAUAGAUACCGAGCCACCACCAGAUUUUUCGAUUGACGUACAGCUUUUUGGUGCCACUAUACACUAUGGGCCGUGGUCCCAUCAUGAAAUCUUUCCUUUACAAAAAAUCUUUUCACCAACUGUGUCUAAAGAUAGCCAGCCAUCAAAUAUCCCAAAAGAGGGUAUGCUUCGGUCUUUUACUAGGGCAAGAUUAUCCAUCACAAUAAUGAGUUCUUCUAUUUUGCGAAUUCCGACCAGAGAGCCGAGUAAAGACUUAGAAUUCCUGAAACAUUAUAGGGAAUCUCAAGAUGAUACCAGGCCCUUCGGAUGGCUAGAGAUUCUUUUAGCUCAGGGCUCCGAGAUUCGGUUCGACUUCGCCAUGACUCCCACUUCCUCAGGUUUUGAUAACAUUUUAGAUUUACACCUUGUUAAUCCUGAACUUCGAACCAGCGUUAAUCACGAUAUUUUGUUUAACGCUAACACGCAUGAUAUACAUGCACAAAUCGGUUAUCCUUUGGGCUGGAAUCAAAGGGCUACCUGGGUUUUCGAUUUAACGUCAAGUCAAGCUCAAUUCUUCAUCUUAAAAGAUCAUGUUACCUUGAUGGGGGACUUGAUCGGAGAUUUUGGAUCUGGUGAGCCAACUACUUACGAUUUGUUUCGACCCUUUAUCUACAAAUUUAAUUGGGUACUUACAGGCUAUUCAAUAUAUUUGAAUGUGAACGACGCAAACAUUGUCAACAACCCAGUAGACUUCAACGAAAAUUGCUAUUUAUCAUUUCAUGGUGAUGAACUCCGCACUAAAUUUACAGUCCCACAGCUAACAGUUGCGGGGAAUAGCACAGCAAUCGAUUACGAGCUUUUCACGCCCAUGUUUAGACUCCGGAUAAACACCCCAUCGUGGAAUACUCUUCAUGAGUUUAUGAAAGAUCAAGAGGUAGGCAGAUCUCACGACUUCAAGAUGUCCGGAUCAUAUCUAUUUUACUCCAAGUUGGAUGUUGAUAACAUCGAUACAAUAAUAAUAAAUUGUCAGAGCAGAAUGACAACACUGAAAUGCUACGGAUUUGUUCUCAGAUACUUAAUAGGCGUUAAGAUGAACUAUUUCGGAGAUUUUGUCCACUUUAAGACAACUGAGGAAUACAUGGAAGAGUUGCGGGGUAUUAAUGUGGGAAAAAAGACGGUUUCCGCAGCUGUAGAAGAUUUUCUGCAUAUUCUUAAUCCUCCUUUAUCCUCAGAAGAAUGUGAAGGCUCUAAUCCUUUCAAGCAUGAUGGUUCUUUAAUAAGAAAAUCAUCCUUGAAAAGGAUGGUGAACGAAAAAGAUGUUUGGUUCACAUUUGUUGUUGAAGAUGGAUGUAUUGUUCUUCCAGAAAACUUGUAUGAUUGCGAGACGUGCUUUACGUUCGACUUCGAUUCUUUGGAAGUCGACGCUCGUCACUUAAAUUACUACAUGGACUUACAGUCAUCAAUGUCGCCAAUUAAUAUCAAGAGACUUCAAAAUUGUGAUCCGGAAGUAGUGUUUAAUCAUGACCGUGGACUCAAAUCUAAAGACGAACCAUGGGGUUUUAUUUCAGAUCUGCAUAUACACGCGCAUCGUCUGUUUGGAUUGCCUCCAGAUGAGGAAACUUACUUUUGUAAAUGGGACUUCGCACUGAGCUCACUUGAUCUCUGUUCGGACCUAUCGUUUACGCAACGACUUCUUGGCUCCUGCAAAAAGCUUGGUUUCGGAUUUAAGGAUUAUGAGAACAUAAUGAAUUACACGUCCACUGAUGUGCUAGACAUGACGUCUGUGACCUUUGCUGCGGAUGAAGUUACGUCGCGCAUAGUGGACAAAAAUACAGGCUUCAUCAUUGUAACUAAAGCUGAAAAAAUUAAGGCAACUUUUGCGGACUUAGAAAAUUCUCUAUAUUCAAGCCGGGCUGAUAUUGAUAUUCCUAUUCUAUCAAUAACAAUUUUAGAAGAAGCAUCGAAACAGCAAGUUGUUGGAGUUUUGAAAACCUCAAUAAAAAUUACUCAACUUUCCCAACUUGAGGAUUUUCUUUCCCACACCCAGCAGCAGAAAGCUCAUAUAGCAGCGAAUGACGCUCCUUUUCACCGUUGCCCUUUUCUGUUACCGCGAGCAAUUCAACAAUCUAGCCCCUACAAUGAUUUAUUAGGGUGUAUACCGCCAGGGGUCUCAAUUCCCUCAGUUGUGAAGCCGCUUAAUGACGAGAAUUACCAUCAAGUCAUAGAUGAGUUUCUAAAAGGCGAAACAAGUUUCAAGAGUGACUCUCGAAGGCGAACAUCACAAUCGAUAGCUAACUUACCAGUUAAAGGAUCCCGUAAACCAAGUUCUAUCCCAUUACUCAGCGACACAAAAAAUGGUUCUAACGCAAAAGUUUUAGAUCCUUCAUUUGAUUGCGAAGGUCUGAUCAUGAAUAUCAAAGAGGUUAGCUUGCAACUCGAUCCACGCUGCCAUCCAUUGCUCGGAAGUCUAUUGGGCCAAGUCUAUUCAAAUUCAGUAGAUCAAUUAAUCGACAAUAGCGAAAUUGAUGUGGUAUUGGAAUUCAUCCAGAAUACAUUAGGUGGGAAGCAUUAUAAGACUUUCAAAAUAGUUAGUCCGAACAUUGAAUUAUCAAUCGGAGAUCUUUUCGAUGCACAAAACUACUCGCAAAGAGUAGAAAGCUCGAUCAGGGGUCUCAAUAUUGACAUCAGUCUGAAACAAAAACGUGGAGAAGGUGUUUCACAAGAAGACAAUGAUCCCGAAUCUGUUCAAGAAGUCACGGGCUUACUAAGAAUAUCAUCGCUAAAACUUGACGUCAUGGAGAAUCGUAUGAGUGUGAGGAAAAGACAGAGUGAUUUUCUCUUCUCUUUCCUGACUAAAGAAGUAGAAGCCUGGAUUUCUUCAACCGACACUACGACUGCAUCGGUUAACGCUGAAACAAUUGACUCGACAAUAAAUCCUGAUACAUUUGAUCAGUUCUGCAAGUUUUUGCAGAUUUUAAUAGUGGAGUUCGGCAGGUUAAACAGCCUAGAAUCUCACUUCAGCGCACUAAACAUCAAUGCCCGUAGAGAGUUAUUCUAUCAAAUCGCAGCUGCUAGUGAUGAAUAUCAAAUUACUCACGAUCCUCCCGUUAUUACAAAGCCAGCUUACAUCACCCGUCUCCCAAAUCAGCAUGUAAGAGAGAAUCGGAGCUGGAAAAUCAUCACUCGAUUGCGGCAUAUUAUGAACUACCUCCCGAAGUCCUUAGUGUCAGACCUAUAUGAAUCAAUAAAAAAGUCUAACUUUAAAGCGCCUGACACUGCUGGGGAGACAUUUCUUAAAAUUUUCUCCAAAUGGAGAAGUUGGGAGUUUUCAGAUGUAGAGAAAUGCUUCUUUUAUAGACAGGCAUUCGCUCACAAGGUUCAGGAUGAAGAGGGUUGCGGAAUGGUUAAUCUGCGAGCCGACGUGGGAUUAUUUUCUUUCACGAUUUCAAGAAGCAUCGAUGAGGAUGGUGAUAAUGCUAUUUUCAAAAACAUCAAACUCUGCCAAUUUUAUGGAGGCGCCAGUCUUCCAGAUGAUGAAGGCAGGAGAACUGAAGGUCUUGGAAAUAUCAACGAAAAGCAACUUAGCUGUUCAAUAAAGGUUGCAAAAGUUUCAAUCGGUGACAUCACUCUCAAGCUUUUAGACGCUAAAAACCUGUUUCCAUUAAUAGUCAAUGAUUCUGAAGGACUCGCCGCAACUGAGGAAUUGAGGCUCAUGUUUCAACAGAUCAAUGUUUUGAUUGAUCGCUGCGAAGUCCAGCUAGUAUCAGGGACUAAAAAAGCAAGCUUGAAAUCAUUUGGUAACAUUGCUACACUUGCUUUGACGAAUCACGCUUCAACAAAAUAUUCUGCUACGCUUUUAUGGUCAUGGGGUGAGCUCGGUGUACGGCACAGAAACUCGAUAUUGUUUGAAAUGUUUUCUAGAGGCGGCUCAAUUGGCACAUUGCAUUCUCCUGACCACGAAUCACACUCUACUGUUAUCGGUGUUCGAUCACAAAAGUUACGGGUGAAGCUGCCAUCGGCCUCUGCAAGUUAUUGCACUUUCGUGAAGUCGGUAAUGGUGCUGCAGGAGUCUUUGAAUUCCAAAUUUCAAAGACUGAGACAGAGCCUCGCAGCUGAAAGAAAAGGCGGUACUUCGAAACAUCUGACAUCGCAGUAUUUUGCUCGAUUUGAUAUUGCAGAUGUUUCAUGCGACAUUUCAGCAAUAUCACCAUUUUUAGUAUCCACACGAGUUCGAAACUUUACUUUGAAUCUUGAACAGGGAUCAGAGACAAAGAUAUACCUGGGCUAUGAAGGGCUAGAUUUAACAGUCGGACAAUCGCAAGCGGCUCAGCAAUACGUGAAGUUUUCUCAAUACAUGAAGUUUUCUCAAUCGAGGUUAGGAAUUACGUAUUCAAAGUCCAAUCACCUGCUCAACACUGUACACUCUCUGAUAAUAGACUCUGACUUAUCAAAGUUCAAAAUUUCAGACCCUAAGAGCAUUGCUUCCGAACUCCAAAAGGAUUUGAAUGUUGCUAAGCUCAGUUUUGACUCGUUACAAGAAAGCUUUAAGACUUUCCAAUCAAAAUCCGAUAAAGUGAGGAACCAAAAAACUGCGGCCACUGCACCUUUCUUCACUGGAAAAUGGAAUUUUUGUUUGAAAGCAAAAUACUUCGGUCUCCUCAUACCUUUCGAAUCUACAAAAUACAUCCUAGAGUUCAACGAAAUGAUGUUGGCCGGAUCAAGUAAAAGAAUAAACCUUGAAAAAAAUGCCUACUUCGGUGAAAAUUUAGAAUGCGAGCUUUCGGUAUCUAGCGUUGGAUUUUUGGUGAACGAUGCUAUGCUAUCGGAAGAGCUGUCGAAGCUAUUAGACUUCGGAAUCAAUGUAAAAAUUGCCCAGGAAUGUAAAGACGUUGUCAAAUCCUUAGAAUUCAAAAGUUCUCAUCUGAGAGUGGCGCUUUGUCCUGUCUCCCUAAUCAAGUUGCUGAUAUUGGCAAACGAAAUUGCAUCUUUGACCUCAAUACACUACCACGCGGAGGAGCCGAAGGAGCUACAAACCGAGGAUUCUGGGAUCCUCAUGGAAGUCUUCAAAGCACUCAGAGCGAUUCAAUCAAUACACAUUCUAUCCUAUAAUUUUUGCCUCGGCUGGUUAUUUGACGUAGAGGGUACAACUAAUCCAGGCCUUAUUUGGGGCUAUCAACGACUAUUUGCGGCACACGAAUGGCCCUAUGGAAAAUUAACUCUUUUUGAUGCAUAUUUCUCCAUUGCUAGAGGAUUUUCAGCUGCCGAUUUUUACAGUACAGAUAGUGAACUAAACAAGCUCAACCGAAGCUUUCUACCCAGUACCCAAAUCGGUUACUGGUUUGAAGGAGCAGAUUCGUCCGAUAAUCUAUCUAUAAGGAUCAACGGCGAAAGACUUGACGUAAGUUUUCUAUCAAAAUCGAUCGAUGUGGCAGAUGGGUUGGUAAAGUCCAUUCACGCCUUUGGCGAAAUGAAGAGCAAACAGUUGGAUCCUUUUAGGUCAUCAAGUGUGGAAAAAGUUCCAGGUUCUUCAAAAACCUCUAGAAAUCCUGUGUUUUCAGGGAUUCGCACCGUCAAUUGCAAGGCACGGUAUGCAGGAGGUGUUAUCAAGCUUUAUUCUUCAAAGAACAUAAAUUUAGGAGAAAAUCCUUCUUUUCAACUAGAAAGCCCUUCGGUUGAAGUUAUUGUUGAUUACAAGCAUCUUCUAAAUGGCGAUCGUCGUCAUGUGGUAAGGGCACUUAUCAACGUAGAUGAAUCUCACAAUACUAUAUUUCCCACUUGUGUUCCAAUAUUGGGAGAAUUGGCAAGAGAUAUCCGCCAAUUGAUGAAAAGCUUCAAUUCAGAUUCCACACCUGUUACAUCCAUGUCAAGCGUACAGGAAAACAUUAACUACAAAAGCCUAUUAAAAGACUUCGAUAUCUCCUUUCAAACCCACUUCGACCCGCAAUUGGUUAGUUUGAGUUGUGAACCAAAAGCAAAAGUCCAGGCUGAUGUUGGAUUUGACAAGUUGGUAAUAAAGAUGUUUACUAAUAACAUUGAUGCUCUUGAGCCACUGAGUCUUUCGAUAGAGAUGCAAAAUGUCACCGCUACAUCGAGGCACAUCUUUUCCAGAGAGGUUAGUACGUCUCUCAAGAUUGAUCAUCCAAAAUUUGUGUUUGUUUUGACGCACCCGGAGACAAUUCACACAUAUGGCAUUGUUCAUAUCCCUAAUAUUGACGUUUAUUUCAACAUCAAGCAACUCCAGGACCUGAACGUGUUUUUGAAUAUCUGGAAAGUUGACAGUAAAGUUUUAUUUCAACCAGAGUCUGAAAACAAUGUCGUGGACACCCCUAUUAAAGACAGGUCUUUAGCAGCCAAGCACAAAAAAGUCUCUUCAAACAGUUCGUUUCCUUGGAAUUUCGUCAUGAUCAUCACAAAAAUCAAUGGCGAUAUUGACCUUGGAGUUUCUCUCGGAGUGCUAAGCUUAUCGACUGACCGAAUAUGGGCAGUCACUGAUCACUACUCGAAUUGGACUCAAAAACUUUGUCUACAGUUGGAGAAGUUGUCCCUCUCAUCUGAUGGAAGAUUAGGCGGAACAUUGUUGUUAAGGAACUUUAGCUGGAUGUCACAAAUUAGUUGGCCUGUUCAUAAAGGCGAGCUGCAAAAUCCAUUGAUCAUUCUUGAUGUUGCUCUUGCCGAGUUUGCUUUAAAACUCUCUUUUGAUUACCACUUGAUAUUAAUUGCAAGCAUUGAACUGUUUAAAAUAAAGCUUUUCAAUAAAAGAGAUCCGGCGGGUCUUCUCAAGAAUCUUCUAUCUGUUUUGCUAUUCUGUGACAAGACGCAUAUAUCUAUAACGGCCUUAGCCCCAGCGAACGUGCUGGACGUUUACAAUACAAUAAAGAGAAUGCGGAAAGAUAACAAAAAAUCGUAUCUCGAAACUUUGGGAGACUCAAACACAAAAGAUACGAAAUAUACCAGCACAGGGCGUGAAAUUUUGAAUUCUCUCAGCUUUUUGCGCACGGAGUUAGAAGUAAAGCUGAAUUUCAUCCAUACGCAAGUUUUUCCCAGCACAUUGUUUGAUAAGGAGGUGUUAACAUUCAAAGCGACCAACCUCUUAACUCGUUCUCAAAUAGAAGGUGAUGAGAAACUUAAGACCCAUCUAAAUUGGCAGAUUCACGACGUCAAAAUUGCGCUUUCCACUUUUAAGACUCAACUGCAAGAGAAGGUUGCUUCACAGAUUGGAGUUAGAGAAUACACUGAACACGCGUCAAAGGCCCACGGAGGUACUAUACUUGUGAUUCCUGCUAUUUUAAUCGGAAUGACUACAUGGCACGACGUAACGACUAAUACAGUGGAAUUCAUAUUUAGUAAUAGUUUUGGAGGCAACAUUAGCGUCCGCUGGAAUUUGGGGUCGAUCAACUUUCUUAGAGAAAUGUGGGCUACGCAUGUUAGAGCACUUGCUUUGAGAAGGUCAAGCGAUCAACAGCCAAAGAGCUUGUUCGAGGACGAGCAUCUGGAGGAUAAACUCAAGGAUGUGGAUCUUGGUGACAAAUAUACCUACGUUCCACUGGAAGAGCCACUUAUUAACAUACCACAAACAAAAGACCUCGGCGAGGCAACUCCCCCUGUUGAGUGGUUCGGAGUCAAUAGAAGACGCUUUCCAGGCAUGACUCACCAAGCAAUAAUAGUUCCUCUUCAAAAACUUGCACAUUUGGCUGAGACUGAAUGGGCUCUGAUUUUUGGCAGUGCUUGA